AUGAACAUCCUCUCACGCCUCCAGCGGACCUUCUCCGUCGAACCUGCUGUCUCUGUGGAAUGGCUAAUCGAUGCUGGGCAGCUGGAGGCCGUCAAUACAUUCUUUGCGGAGAACGGAGCACCUGUGCUGAUGGUUACCUAUGCCGACCAGAACUUUAACAUCCAGAAGUCCAGUAAGUAUAAAUAUCUUGGCUCCAUGCUGUCCUCCUCGAAACCGCCUGCUGUCCGAGAUGUUGCCUUGUCUUGACUGCUACUGUUGUGGUCAAAAAUGACCUCAGACCUACUGUACGCCAAAAGAACACCAAUAGUCUCGACUGGCAUAGUCAUUUCCGGCUUAUGCGCCGUCCUUAGCCCACCUAAUCUAGUCCCAGGCAGGGGUCACUCAGGCUUUGACAUUAGGCUUUUCGAUCAUUGAACCCCAGGCCGAAUGCCCUACCGAUGAGCAAUUGCUUCUGUCAUGUCUUCGAGCCCCGGGCCAACUUUGAGCAACGCGGCUGUCAGAAGCAGGCGCUUAUUCAGUGUCAGAUAUUUAACUGACAAUCUCGGUUCUGAGCAUUUUUUGGUAAAAACCGGAUUAGUCCUGGGGUGAUACCUCAUGAGAGUUUGAACCAGGCCGCUAAUCCUUCGUUAUGUAAAGUGCCUGGGAUGGCUCAACUUCAUGCGCUACUGUAGGAGGGAUAAGGCACCAUUUCGACGCACACGCAAACAUUAGGCAGUUAACUUGCUAUCCUACAUUAUUAACCCGAAGAGUAUAUAUAAAGGCCUACUUAUAGCGUUGCUGUCCUUGUGCUGUUUUACUUACUCAGUUGUUUGCAUCGACAAGCCCUAGGUACUUCCACCAAAUGGACUUACUAACUUGGCAUGAAUAUUCGCGCUUAGGUAUUUCGUCCCUCUUAAGAAAAGCGUUAUUUCUAAUAAGUGUAAUACUACUUUCAGUGUGCUUUGAGUUUAUAUUUAAUUUAAGGUAGUCCAUUAUUAGUUGGGAGUUUUGGUCAAUGCCUUUUAACCGGUUUCCGAUUGAUUAGGCGUUUUUCGUUAAUUUGUGCACAUCUUAUGAUUUAUGCCCUCUACUAUACGUUUCAGUGAGCCGAUAAGCCUUACAAGUGGUAACAAAGGAAGUGCGUGCAUUUUAAGACGAAGUCAGGAAUAUCAUUUCAGUUUUUCUGUAUUUAAGCUCCAACUACGCAUUAAGUUUGCAUAAUUCUUUAAGAGGACUUAAGGACUUAGCCUAUUGGUAAUUAAGUCGCAGUAUUCGCGAAUAACGCAGCCUCACUUUAAUCUGUUGAUGUGUUCGAACAAAAUGUAGCAUCUUCCAAUACUUCUGCGAAGUUUGGACCCUGCAGCACGACUUUGUGCUUUUCUUUCCUUGUUCCCCAGAGGAAGCAUUUCGAAUACAGAAGAAGAAUCUCCGAGGCACUAAACGCUUCUUUUUUCACAAUGCACAACUUCCGCUGAAGGAGGAUACAGUGGUCUUCGUGCGAGUUUUCUUCACUCAUGCCAUCACCGACAAAAAUAUCCUAGCGGUAUGUCCCCUAGGCGCAAUGGUUUCACUCUAAGGCGUAUUACGCUUAACUCUGAUUCUUUUCUACGUCCUAUGUUGUCCAGGUUAAUAAAAUCUAAAUUUCUCUGAGCAGUAGUCAGUACCUUCCCGAGCUAAUUGACAUUACCUGCAACAAACCCUUCUACGAGUCGUUAUAUCGUGUCGUUUUUCUUCCUACCAGGAGACCUUCUCGUUCCGACUGGACCCCGCGAAGGGUUUCGUCCCGCCGUUAUACGACUAUCUGAACACCUACAUUCUACCUGGAAUGCUCACUCAGAAGGGAAACAUGAAUAAACUGACGCCUAAGGAACAUGCUGACUUCUGUGACUUCGUUCAGGACUAUCUCCGAAGCAUGGAAAGUAAGGGAGCGCUGUAAAUUAAAUCUAGUUCGCAUCCACCAGUGGACAAUGCCUGUGCUCAAGGGGACUGUCCACUAGGCUUUUAGCAUGUGCUUACCGCCUCAACUGCCACUGCUAGUACUUUCUCGCGCAGAAUAUAUGUCCUUGAGGUGACCUCCACGCGUGCUGGCCUAUCAGCUCGUUAAGCGCUGGCGCGGGCAAGUACUUUGGCCGGAGGGGGGAGGUCUAGUUAGCGGAGGACAGAAGAAGUGAGACGAAUCAGACAGAACUGUGGCCGUUUCACUGGUGGCUUUAGAGACCAGUAGCUUAUGCGCAUGGGACCUUUCUGGCCAACCUGGGAAGUAUCUUUUACUUUCCUGACUUUUGCAUAUUUUAGAGAAAUCAGGGCUGAAAUGAGGAGGAGGGAGUCUCAUGUGAAAUCAUAGUUUUCCAAAGGUCCUCAUUCUCGCAUGAAUCAACUGAAUAUGCGACAUCGUUCAGUAAUGAUAGCUAAGACGACAAUGAUGAUGGAUAUUGAGGUCAUACUUUAUUUAAACGCAAAAAUUAUUUGAGGUGGUAUUUCAAUGAAUUCCAGGUUUGACGCCCAUUCGAGUAUGUUAACUUUGGCCUUAGUAUUAACCUUUGCCAUAAGGAGAAUCCUUCUGACCCUAGCCCUAACCCUAACCCCUGGAAUUUAACGCAAAGCCAUCGGUAAUGUGGGGGUCUCUAUCGUUUUAUAUAAAAUUUACUCUUUGGACCAGCAUUCCGUUGGAAAAAGGUCAUCAACAAAGUAAAAUCUCGUUGUUCUUAGCAGUUGCUGGUUAUUCUUCUCCUUGCCCCGUUAUUAUCUAGAAAUCGUAAGGACUUGUUUUUUUCCAGACAGGGCUUACCUGACGUCUAUGAGGUCAGAGUUUGUUAAGUCUUGCAUUUCUAAUCUUUCCAUCCAUACCCCACCCCACCCCUCUCCCUAGCCGUUAUCGCUUGCUCAGAAGAGCAUGUAAUGCUUCCGCCCUAUCUGCUGGGCGAUCAGGUACACUACACGGAUAUGGAAGGUCUUGCUGCUUUGGCGAAAACACCCGAAGGUCUCAGUCUUCUUGAGGAGAAUGCGUGUGCUUGGAUGAAGAAGAUAGCUGAAGUAGGUUCUUCCACGUUCACUCUCGUCACUCGAUAA